CUAAUUUGGCGAUGAAGCUCCCAGCAAAAAAGUGUUGAGAAUAGACUCUGUGAUUAGCUGACGAAUCAAAAAGAUAACAGCUCUUCAAAAGAAUGGGUUUCUCCGUGUCAACCACGCCCACAUUUAACAGCAUCAGCCUUUACAACCCAAGUUUUCCUAGCUCUUUUAAUCUAGAAAACAUUAACAGUCAUCUUCUCCUGCGUGUGUUGCCAUGAGCUCCUACCCACCUGAUAACAACCUGAGUCAGAUGCCAAAAUGUCCGCGACCUUGACUGCGGUUGCGCAAGAGGGUGUUCCUCCUCUGCUCAAAAUCCGGCUCCCAUUUUCGCAUCGCCUGAAUUGCUUCCUCAGGCUCUGGGCCUUCAAGAUUCUGGCUUCUAUCGUGUUCGCAGUUGACCGCUUGCUUCAUCCUCGGCCAGCACACCUAUGUCCCACUCUCACCAGAUCCUACCCCUGUCGCCCGAAUCUGGAAACCCGCGUGUUUUACCCACCAAACUAUAAGUCCGGAGAUGUGUUACCACUGUAUCUAAAUAUUCAUGGGGGAGCAUUCGCGCUUUGUGAUGCCCGACAAGAUGAUGACUUCUGCAUAAUGUGGGCUGAAAAGACCGGUAUGCUGAUUGUCUCCAUUAACUACUCCAAAGCACCACUAUACCCUUUUCCGACCGCCGUUUUCGAUACAGGGGCGCUCAUUGAGGCUGUCCUCCUCGAUGACAGCUUGCCAAUUGACAAAACCAAAGUGGUUGUAGGAGGGUUCAGUGCAGGCGGCAACCUCGCCCUCUGUGCCAGCCAAUUGCCCGCCGUGAAGGGCAAGAUCAAUGCACUUUUAGCCUUCUAUCCAAUUGUAGAUUGGAGCCACCCUCCCAGCCACAAGCUCUCCAGUCGCCCCUAUAAGGGUGGUCCGCAAGAUAAUCUUGAAUAUUCGAGUUACUGGUUUGACUGGGGAUAUGUCUCUCCGGGUCAGAACCGGCGAGAUCCUCUACUUAGCCCAUGCUACGCUAGGAAAGAAGAUCUUCCGGCCUGGAUUUAUAUCAUUGGAGCCGAGUGGGAUCUCUUGCGGUUAGAGAGUCAGACGAUGAUCAAUGAGCUAGCAGGUCGCGGGACCUUCGAGAACCAAGAAGAUGACUUCGAGGUCGGGAAAUAUAAAUGGACUUUAGCAAGAGGAUGUUCUCACGGGUUCACUCACCACUUUGGGCAGAGGCGGGAGAAAAAAAUAAGGAGGGAGGAAAAGUGCAAACCUAUCUACGAAGCAGCGAGCAAAUGGCUCAAAAAGGCGCUGCGCGAUGAUGAUCAUUUGUAGCCCGCACCGAAUUCAUACCCCACCCGCAAGCAAGGAAUGGCAAACUUGACUAUGCCUAAUCUAAACACAGCAUACGUUAGUGCCAACGGUAAGAUUGCUUAUCGUGUUGGUUCUCAUCGUCAUCUCGGACAUCUCGGACGAGAG